ACAAGUUCCAGACGGAGGAGGCGGCCUGCGCGAGUUCUGAAGUGAUCAGUGUGGAUGAGAUCUCGAGUCCGGAGGCGUCCCACAGACAGACACACACACGUCAGUAUUAAUCCGGACUGCGGGUCGGUGCUGCAGACACGUUUGAAUUAGCCGGCUACUGUCCGGGAGGCAUACGUCGCCGAUACGCGGCCGCAUCAUCCGUGUGGACAAUGAGGAAGGUCGCCCUGCUGCUGCUCGUGCUGCUCGGCGUUGCUCUUUUUGCAACUGUCAGCAGGUGUGAAGAAGAUGUUACAGAGGAGAGAGAGGAGGCUGAUGAAGAGGACAGCGAUGAUGAUGAAGAUGAGGAUGAAGGAGAUGGCACAGAGGUGAAAGAAGAGAACGGGGUGCUGAUUCUCAACGACAACAACUAUGAGCUUUUCAUUGAGGGGAAGGACACGGUCCUGGUAGAGUUUUAUGCGCCGUGGUGUGGCCAUUGCAAACAGUUCGCCCCGGAGUAUGAAAAAAUCGCAGAGGCUCUCAAGGAGAACGACCCGCCUGUGCCUGUGGCCAAGGUGGACGCGACCGUAGCCAGCGGGCUGGCGAGCAGGUUCGAAGUGUCAGGCUAUCCCACCAUCAAGAUCCUCAAAAAUGGGGAGGCAGUGGACUAUGAGGGAGACAGGACGCAGAAGGCCAUUGUGGAUCGGGUGAAAGAGGUGGCCCAGCCAGAUUGGAAGCCCCCUCCUGAGGCGACACUGGUGCUGACCAAAGACAACUUUGAUGAGACCGUUAACAACGCAGACAUCAUCCUGGUGGAGUUCUACGCCCCAUGGUGCGGACACUGCAAGAGUUUGGCUCCAGAGUACGAGAAGGCCGCCAAGGAGCUGACCCAGCGCUCUCCUCCCAUUCCUUUGGCCAAGGUGGACGCCACCGUGGAGAGCGAAAUCGCCACGCGCUUUGAGGUCACGGGCUAUCCCACCCUCAAGAUCUUCAGGAAGGGCAAGAUGUUUGACUACAACGGACCCAGAGAGAAUUAUGGCAUUGUCAACUACAUGGGUGAGCAGGCGGGGCCUCCCUCCAAACAAGUCCAGGCAGUAAAGCAGGUACAGGAGAUGAUCAAGGACGGUGAUGAGGCCGUUAUAGUCGGCUUGUUCUCCAGCGAACAGGACGCAGAAUACGAGAUCUACACCGAGGCCUGUAAUGCACUGAGGGAAGACUUCACCUUCCGUCACGCCUUCAGCUCUGAAGUGGCCAAACUGCUCAAAGCAUCGCCCGGUCAGAUUGUCGUUGUUCAGCCUGAGAAGUUCCGCUCCAAGUAUGAGCCGGCGUCACACUCACUCACAGUGAAGGACUCGACAUCAGUGUCCGAAGUGCAGGAGUUCUUCAAAAAGCACGUGACUCCCCUGGUGGGCCACAGGAAGCCAAGCAACGAUGCGAAGCGCUACACCAAACGCCCCCUGGUGGUCGUGUACUACGGAGUCGACUUCAGCUUUGAUUACAGGAAAGCUACGCAGUUCUGGAGGUCCAAGGUGCUCAAGGUGGCUAAAGACUUCCCAGAGUACACGUUCGCCAUCGCCGAUGAGGAAGACUUCGCGGAGGAGCUGAAGAGCAUGGGCCUGAGUGACAGUGGAGAAGAAGUGAACGUGGGAAUUUUGGCCGACGGUGGCAAAAAGUUUGCUAUGGAGCCCGAGGAGUUUGACUCUGAGGUGCUGCAUGACUUUGUUGUCGCCUUUAAGAAAGGAAAGCUCAAACCCAUCAUCAAGUCCCAGCCGGUGCCAAAGAACAACAAUGGUGUAGUGAAGGUUGUGGUUGGGAAAACCUUUGACGAGAUCGUCAUGGACACGAAAAAGGACGUCCUGAUCGAGUUCUACGCUCCCUGGUGCGGCCACUGUAAGAAAAUGGAGCCUGAUUAUUUGGCUCUGGGCAAAAAGUACAAAGGAGAGAAGAACCUGGUGAUCGCCAAGAUGGACUCCACAGCCAACGAUGUGCCAGACGAGAGCUACAAGGUGGAAGGCUUCCCCACGAUAUACUUUGCCCCGAGCAAUGGCAAGCAGAGCCCUGUCAAGUUCGAAGGCGGAGACAGAACAGUAGAAGCACUGAGCAAGUUUUUGGAAAAGCACGCCACAAAACUAUCACAGGAGAGAGAUGAACUUUGAACCGCUCUCUCCUGACCGGUAGCUAAGAACUCUUGCUGUGCUCGGGCAGAGACUUGGAGGACCCUGAGGUGUUAACGGUGUUACUGAGUUGCGGUGAUGAUUACCACGGUCAAUCAUAAUUUUAGUUUCUGUUCAUUCCAAGAGAUUCUGCUUUCUUUCAUUUCAAAAAAAAAAGGCAUGUGUAAGAACUGUUGAAGAUUUAAGUCUUUUUAAAUAAAUCUUUGAAAAUGAUGGCGGCGUUGUGCCAACACUCAAA